AAAGCAUUUGGACAAGAACACUCCUCUCCUGCAUAUGAAAUGGCAUAGGAUACUUUUAAACACAUUUGUUUGGAUUGUGUAUGUGUCCCUUUCAGUCUACUCACUAAUAAAAUGGCGUCAGAACAUGAUAAAGCAGUUCUUUGGACAAUCUUCAAUCCUACAACCCCUUUUGGAGACAUUCCUGGUUUAAAUGAAGAGGAAGCGCUUACAGAUGAUGACUGUUCCUUUGACUCUAAUCUGCUAGAGCAGGUGAAAAAUCUGGAGCUGAAGGGAAUUUCUGCUGCUGAGUCUGGGGACUUGAAGAUGGCCCUGAGUCAUUUUGAUCAGGCCAUCCAGAUACUUCCAGUGAGAGCUUCAGCCUACAACAAUCGUGCCCAGGUCAAACGCCUACAGGGAGAUACUGACAGUGCAAUUCAGGACUUGGAACAGGCCAUUUUACUGAGCAAGGGCACAGGUCGCACAGCCUGCCAGGCUCUUGUACAGCGCGGCCUCUUGUUCAGACUGGCACACAGGGAUGACGAUGCCAGAGCUGACUUUGAGCGGGCAGCAGCCUUGGGAAGCAUGUUUGCUAGACAGCAGGCUAUAAUUCUGAAUCCGUAUGCAGCUCUAUGCAACCGCAUGCUCUCUGAAGUCAUCAGCAACCUACGUAACCCAAAGGUGCCAGAGACACAGUAGAGAUGAAGUGACAGACACCACAAAGUGCAUUUAAAUAUAUGCUUAUCUCUUUCAUAAGAGAUGUAAUAAAUGUCAUUGAGUUAACAGGA